AUGCAGUACACCUUCGCCGCUGUCUCCCUCCUGGCUGGUCUGGUCUCGGCCACCACCAUCACCUCCGCUGCCACUGCCACUUCCACUUCCACUUCCUCUGCCGUCGCCUCUUCGUCCGUGAUCGCCUCUUCUUCCAAGAUUGUCUCCUCCUCCGCCACCCCUUCUUCUCUCUCUAUCCGCCCCAGCCGUACUCCUAAGUCUUCCUCGGUUGCUGCUACCAGCUCCUUCAUUGCCUCCUCCACCUCUGUGGCCGUCGCUUCCGGUACUCCCGGUGUGAAGGCCGCCGAUACCUUCGACUGCGUCUACGCCGGCUGGGCCUGCGACUGGAUCGCCCCCGAGCACAGUUCCGGCUCUGACUACUGCGGCCGCUCCCCCUUCAAGGCCGGCCACGAGCUGCCCAGCGGCAGCAAGGUCCUCGCUGUCUCCAUGGACGGUGCUGAUGAGUGCGCCUCCAAGGCUGGCGAGAAGUGCUGCCAGGUCCUGGCCGAUGCUCCUUGCCGUCGUGGCGAGAAGUACCUCGAGUGCAAGAAGCUCGAGUAG